GAUUAAGAAUUACACAUGAAGAAUAUUUAAAGUAGCUAAAAUCUACUCGAAACCAGACGAAACUUUGUAAAUAUAAUCUCCUUCCCUCCCGCGACAUCUUGCGUAAAAUUCAAACCAGAUUCCAGUCAAACGUCAACGGGGGUGGCAGUGGCCGUAAACAAUUGUCAAUAUUUUUUGUGUUAGAAGUUUUCUAAUAAGCUAGCCCUUGGUGUAGUGCUUUGUAGACCGGGAUUUUCACAUUGAUCCCAUUGACUCGAAGCGGAGCGAUGAGUGUUCAAAAUUUGUGCAGAACAUGCCUUACGCCUAGUAAAAAUAUGCAUCUGAUUUUCGACGGCACCCAACAAGGUGAUGCGACCAAUGUCGUGGUGGAAGUUUUGCAGACAUUCGUGAAAUGCUCGAUAACACCCACCGAUAAUGCUUCUCAAUACAUCUGUUCCGAUUGUUUGAAAAAAAUGUACGAUACGUACGCGUUUAUGUUACAAUGCCGACAAUCGGAUACAGCAUUCCGACAGCUGACCGAGUCUCAAGUAUCCCUGAAAAGACUGAAAGAUCCAAUUGAAUUUGUGGAGUAUGUGAUUGAGGAUAAAGGAGUUGAUAUUAAUAUGACAAAUGAUGUGAACGGCCUGGAGAACGCGAAUGAGGACGGGGUCGUUUACAACGGACAUUACAGCAAUGCUGAACCGCAAUCUUUUGAUCUAACGGCUGACAGUGAUAAGGAAAUACAAUCGGGAGAGGAAGAAGUAGGCGAUGAAAUUUUGGAGUGUCCUGCGUGCUUGGAUGCGUUUGGGAUGAUAUCAGUGCUGCGGACCCACCUAAUUGAAGUUCAUACGAUGGAUAGCAUGUGUAUUAUGUGUAAUAAUGAGCAUUUUGAAGAUAUCUGGAAUCACACGAAAAUUCACGUGCCCAAGAAGCAAAUUUGCACAAAAUGUGGAAAGAAGUUUGUGAAAAAAAGAUCUUUAGAAAAACACCAAGCUGCCAUGUGUUCGAGUGGUGUCUUAAUGUGUUGGAUUUGCCGCAUCAGAUUUGAAAAUUUGGAAGAUUUGGACGAACACUUUGAACAAACACACAGACUACACUGUAAUAUUUGCUAUAAAUCGUUUUCCGUUCCGUGGAAUAUGGUUCGUCACAAGCGCAUUCAUUUGAAGCUUCAUUCCUUCUGUUGCACAAGGUCUGGACGAAAAUACAAACGGCAGAAAAAUUUCAGCGGCCAUUUGGCUGCACAUUCUCGUUUGGUUGGUACCAAGCGAUUAGGAACAGAGUUACCCAGCUUUGACGUGGGGGACUUCAGUACUGUGAGCAGCGUUACAUAUGAUUCCGAUGCCAAAAUCUGUGCACAGUUAUGUCCAAUGACAGGCGAAUGGAAAAGAACUUGCCACAAACAAGAGGGGGAAGUAAUGUCUGACUCCACAGCUAAGGAAGCUAAUGAUGAGCAUCGGGUUAAUAUUCUAGAAUCUACCUUUGUGAAUGACAACUCUGAGGGAGGUAAUCCCCGGCGUACGAUAUGUUCAAGGCUAGUUUGCAGAAAAUCUGGUGUGGCUUCUCACAAAAUUAUCCAUACCGACGAACAACCAUUUUCAUGUUGCAUUUGCAAAAAGCAAUUCCGUCUGAAGGGGGGCCUAAAACAGCAUAUGAUUUCGCAUAGUCGCAUCAAGCCUUACAUAUGCGGCAUUUGCGGGCGCCGGUUCAAAAAAGGGGCCUACGUAUUGAAACAUAUUCGAAGUAGACAUUGUCAUGCUGAGUAUUUUCCAUGUGGGCUAUGUAAAAUGGUACUGGUUGGUAUAGAGAACUUAUCGCGGCAUUGGAGGUCGCAUGCCUUUUCGUAUAAGGAUGUAAAUGUUCAUCUCAGGAAAGAAAAUUAUUCCAAUGUAUAAUAAAUUAUUUCAAUAGAAAUUGUAUGGUGUGCCAGGGUGUGUGUAUCAAUAAAUGCGAUUGGUGCCAAGUUGACUUUUUUCACCUUACAUGAUUCUAUUUUAUGUUCCUUGUUUUUCUAGGCUUUGGUUGACUGGAUUUAAUGAUGUUUAACUAGAUUUGUUUAUUUCUCAUCAUAGCAGACUUUAACCUUUCUGUAACAUUGUCA